UUAAAUACUACUUCACGUAAUAAUACGUACGAAAACGAAGAGAUGCUUGUCUCUGAAGAAAUUGAUGAUACUACUACGAAUUGUGACGGAUGCAACAACAGUGAAAACGAAAAGAUUUGCUCUAUAGAUGAAGAUUUAUUUCAGAACAGACAUAUGGAGGAAGGAAUCGAGGAUAAUGAUCCUUGUCAUACUGAAGCAAUAAUUAUUAAUGACGCAAACAUAAAACAUGACAAUACCAUAAUGUUUGAAAGUUCUAAAACGACUGUUGAUGAAGUUGUGCAAAUGAUACACAGUUACUGUGUUCGUUUCAAUAGUUCAGAUGAAGCAAGGUUUGCCUUAUUUAAUAUGGCAAGUAUUUGGGCGGGUCCUAAGUUUUCAAAUUUUAUGAAUUCGAAAUAUGUGAUAAGCAAACGUUUGGAUCCUCCAGAAGAAUUAUUUCAAUAUAUAUUUUAUUGUAGUAAAUGCAAUUGUUUAUUAGACAAAUUUUAUAGAAAAGAUUUGUUAACAACUACUUAUCGGCAUUGCGAGAAAUGUCAAGAAACAUAUAAAAUGAGUACUAAUUCUUCCAACUGUUUCGUAAGUACAGAUGUAAAAUAUCAAGUACAGGUUCUUUUACAAAAUUCAAAUGUGCGCAAAUUAUUAUUUCAAAACAUUAAGGAUAUUGAGAAUAGGCUAAAAAAUAAAAAUUUAAAUAAUAUCGUUGAUAUUCACGACGGUGAAUUAUAUAGAAGGCUUUACAAUAAUAAACGCAAAAAAACAGUAUUAUUAACUUUUAAUUUUAAUUUAGAUGGUGCAUUUAUUUCUAAAAGUAGCAAAAGUUCUAUGUGGCCCAUCCAACUAAUAAUUAAUGAAUUGCCGCUAAAAAUACGGUUUAGCAAUAUAUUACUUGCAGGAAUGUGGAUUACAAACUCUGAACCUAGCUCACAAUUUAUGAAUUUAUAUAUAAAUGUUUUUAUCAAUCAGAUUCGUGAUUUGAUGACAAAUGGUAUUAUCAUAGACAUGGAAAAUGGUCAAAAAUGUAAUUUUAUAUUACAACCCCUUUGUUCAUCGGUUGACUCUGUUGCCCGGCCUAUAAUACAAAAUCGCUUCCAAUUUAACGGUUAUUUUGGCUGUAGUUGGUGCUAUCAGUAUGGAGAGUAUUUCAAUGGUGCUAUGCGAUACCCUUUUAUGGAUGAUGAUCCGCCUUUAAGAGACCAUGAUUCAUAUAUUAAAAACAUAAAGUACGUUGAAGAAAUAGGCAGACCAUUUAAAGGUGUUAAAGGUUUCGCAGAAAUUACUCAAUUGGAAAAUUUUGAUUGUGUUUGGGGAUUUCCGUUUGAUUAUAUGCAUGGUAUGUUGCUUGGUGUUGCUAAUACUUUAUGGACAAAGUUUUGGACAAAUAACAGAAAAGAAGAAUAUAAUUUAUCCAAAAGUGAUAUAAGAAAUAUUGAGAAACGAUUGUUAAGUAUUAAACUGCCAAGUGAAAUUCACAGAUCACCGCGAUCAUUUAAUAGUGGAAAAUGGAAAGCAAGUGAAUGGAGAUCUUGGAUAUUAUAUCUUAGCAUUCCAUGUCUUUUGGGAAUAAUGAAAACAAAAUAUUUAAGUUCUUUUGCGCUUUUAGUUCGUUGCACACAUAAGCUUUUAUCUGAAAGUAUAACAAUAGAAGAUUUAAGACAAUUAUGA